GAGUAAGAUCUUUGCCUUGUGGGUGAAGGGGUUUGGAGCCAGGGCUUUAUCCCUGGGAGCCAGCCUAGGUUUGCUUUUUGGCUGAACUAUUACAUGCAUAGGAGGUGUGGCCGGAUGGGUUUCCCUGUGGAAUGUCAGCAGGGGGUAUGUGUGUGUGCGAGGCACCCAAAUGCCCUGGGGGAUGGUGGGGUUAGACACUGCUUCUUGCUGCUCUGGUGCCCUGUCCCCCGACUAGACUGUCUGGUCUCAGCACAGAUACAGGCAGGACUGGUCUGAGAUCUAGACAAGGCAGUCAGGGUUCCUUAGCCAGCAUAGCUCAGAUGGCCAAGAUCUGGCAGUUGUUGCUGGAGAAACAGACCAUUCUCCUGGCUUCCAUGUGGCCCAGCUCUGCAGAGAGCCCAUGUUGCUGCUGCAAGGAAUGGCAGUGGGGCUUAUGCCACCAGUGGUCUAGUCAUCAGCUGUCAUGCUUCCUGUGUCGUGGUUUGUGAGUGCUAAGGGGUGAGCUGCAUGGUGGAUGUGGCUGGCCGUGCUCCUAGAGGGAGGUGAUGCUCCAUCUCUGCACAGUGCUGCUGAGGUGAGAAGCUGUUCUUUGUGAGUGCAGCUGGGGAUUUCAGCUGCUCCGCUGAGCGGGCUAGAAAGCGCUGCCCAAUUAACACUCCUGCUUCUUGCCCGUGCAUCUGCCCUGGAUGUCCAGCCCUGGAUUGGAGCAUUUGAAAUGCUGCUUCUGAGGGCCAGAGCCUGAGAAUAAGGGACGGGAAAUGUUAACUCCUUUUCUCUUCUGUAUUUGCUCAUGAGCUGCUGAACCUGUUGCAGAGAGUAGCCAUUGCCCUUUGCUUUGGGUGUCCCGGGCUCUGUCUUCCCCAGGUCUCCCUUUUGCUUUGCCCACUCUCCUAGGACGGGGGUUGUUCUCACUCCUGUGCCCGGAGGGGGUAGGUGCAGAGUGGUGAGGUGCCGCCUGCCCCAGCAGCCGAGGGAAGCCUUUCUCCCCACAGCAUCCCUCACACACAUCCCAUCCCCAAGUCCCCCCUCCCCUCACCCAAAGGGUUAGUCUUUAAUGGACAAUCUCUGGUCUCUGUGGUUCUCUCUCUCUGCGUCUGGGACCUACACGGAAACUGCUGCAGCUCUUCCUCCAGGCUGCUGCUUCACACGCCCCAGCCAUCCCCGCCCUCUCUCACUACCAAAGCAGAAGGUUGAAGUUUGCCAGGCUAGAAACCUGUCCUCUCUGGAGGGAAGUCUGCUGAGGAAGUCUGGAUAGCGCAGCCCCCUGGGCUCAGCUCCUUCCUCUCCCUAGGGCUGUGUGUGAUUCAGCCCCCCACAGCCCAUUGAGGAGCAGGGACCUGUGAUCCAAGAAGGCUCUGUCCUGGCCAUGCUGCCAUGGGUGGGGAUGCUGGUCUUCUUCCUACUGCUCAUCUUCCUGUGUGUCCGGGAUUGGGUUCAGAAAGCAAAAGUUCCCAGCAGCUCUGGGGCCCAGCUGGUCUGCAAGCCCUCUGUGCUGGCUGCCUACCUGGAGAGCCAGUGCCAGGCCUUGAAAAGCCUAUGCGAAGCCAGCUGGCCAUGGAGGGCUCUCCCCUCCCUGCAGACAUUGGCCAGCAUGAUGGGGCCCCUGGAUAGCAGGGUGCACUUUGUAAGGACCUAUCUGCAGCUAAGCGAUGAGGGGCUGGUGGCACUGGACUGGGCAGUGGGACCAGCACAGCAGAAGAAGAGACAGACAUCCACCAUCUGCAGCACACCUGUCCUGCUGCUUAUCCCCAACUCCUUCGGGAAGGUCACCCGCAACAUCAGCAAGCUAUGUCACGUGGCACUUCUUCAUGGCUACCAUCCUGUUGUCUUUAACCGCCGUGGCCAGAACGGCUGCCCCCUAAGCACUACCACGCUGCAGCCGUAUGGGGAUCCUGCUGACCUGCGAGAAGCCAUCCGAUACAUCCGCUCCCAGUGCCCAGGGGCCCUGGUCUUUGCAGUGGGGGAGAGCACUGGGGCAGGGCUCCUGUUCUCCUACCUGGGAGAAUGUGGUUCCUCUAGCCACCUGACAGCUGCUGGCUGCAUCUCCCCCAUCUUUGAUCCUCGGGGAUGGUUUGAAGCUGGGUGCCCCUGGCUAUGGCAGCAAUUCUUGCUCAUGUCCCAGAAGAUGUGGCUCAGCCGGUUUGCCACGGUGCUAGGGGAGGUUCUUCCCCUGGAUCGUUUCUUUGGGGGGCAGUCACUGAGGGAGCUGGAGGAGGUCUUGUUCUGCCAGGCCCAGACCCGGGACUUGUACUGGGAGAGGAACGACCCCCUGCGGGACGUGGACGACGUGGCAGUACCAGUGCUGUCCAUCUGCAGCCAGGACGACCCCAUGUGUGGGGCCCCCAAGGACACUCUGCCCUUUGAGCUGUUUGAGACAAAUCCCUACUUCUUCUUAGUGCUCACCCAAGGAGGCGGACACUGCAGCUUCUUCAAGGAUAGCCUGUGUGGUGCCUUCUGGAGCCAUGAGGUGCUGCUGGAAUUCUUCCACACCACUGGGGAUUUCCUCCUCGCAGAGGACAAACUGAAGGGCCAGGACAAGAAGAGAGGGGCCAGGCUGGUGAUGAAGGUCACCCAGGGCAGAAGUGGCUGCAGGCAGGAGUCCUGCUGCCCCCACAAUAGCCCUGACAUUUACAGCUGGCAGCGCUCCUACACCCGCUGACCUGCUCUUCAUUCGGCAUCUGGAGGACGUUCUGCUGACCUUUCCCGAGAGCUCUGUCUCAUCGGCUGCACCUGGAUGGUUUCUCAGCAGCCCAGACAGCUGGGUUGUGCCAUACCCUCCCUACCCCCCAUGCGCUCUUGGGACUGUGACUCUUUGUAACAAGAACAGGGCCAUCCCUAGGGGGGUGCAGGACCCAGGGCGAAAGAGAUGGAUUAGUCUCUUCCAGGACCGACCACCCUGGGCAAUCGCACUGGCCUGGGGCCCCCCAAAAGCACAGGGCCCGGAACAGUCACCCUGAAGGGACAGCUCUGAACAAGAACAUAGUAUUUCAGUGAACAAACGGAUCAUGUUAGAUGAUAACUGCAGCGUGACAGAGGUGCUGGGUGUUGGCAUCUCAGGUUCUGCCCUGUCAGAUGUGGUGUUUGUGUCCCAGUGCCAGUGGCUCCUGGUUGUGAUAAUGUGAUGCGUUUUUGUGCCUUUGCUGAUGGUUGCCAGGUACUGUGAUGUCCCAGUGCUAGAAGAUUGGGGUCCAGCCAGGUGCUAUGCUGCAAUGGAACAGAAAGGGAUGAAUGAUUAUUUAUUUUGUAGCACCUGAAUUUAUGCUGGGUGCUUCAUGGAAGACCUACUAAGACACAGGCCCUGCUGCAGUGAGCAUAUCUCUAGGUUUUACAGGUGUCCAAGCAAAUGGAGGUAGCUGAGAGUCAGGAGGGAGGCCAGGGGCUGCAGCAGAAUGAUGAGGGGUGACUCAGGGUCACUGCCUGGGCAGCAUUUUGGGCCUGUUACUUUUCUCCAUGUAGCUCUAAAAAUAAGGACAUUAAUUGGCGUAGAUUCCCUUCCUGAGGCUGGAACUGCUGUACAUAGCUGGGUGAUGCAGUGCUAGACACUCCUGGAUCCUCAUCUGUAAUGCACCCCUGUUGUGUAGUUGUACCUCCUUGCCCAUGUGUGCAGGCUAACUGGCAUUCUUCAUUAAUGCUCCAUGACAAGACUAAAAGAUGCUUGAAAUAUUAUUUUAAGCUCAAA